AUGGCAUCACUUGGUGCUGCCAAAUUCCUCCUAUGCUUCUCAAUAAUAUGCCUCAUCAACUUCCUACCUCUAUGCCAAGGUAAAGAGAAGUGGAAAAAUAGUAAUGAAUAUAAGUAUCGAUUUAUAAGAAAAGCAAGUUCAUUUGAAUCUCCACCUUCGGUUUCAACGAGCAACACAAAUAAUGGGUAUGACUACAUAAUAGUAGGUGGUGGAACAGCAGGGUGUCCUUUAGCUGCAACACUUUCAAAGAAAUUCAAUGUUUUGUUACUUGAAAGAGGGGGCGUCCCUUUCACAAAUCCUAAUGUCUCAUUUCUUGACAACUUUCAUAUUACAUUGGCUGAUACUUCACCAACCUCAGCUUCACAAUUCUUCAUGUCAACUGAUGGAGUUUUCAAUGCAAGAGCUAGGGUUUUGGGUGGUGGUAGCUCCAUUAAUGCUGGCUUCUACACUAGAGCAAGCUCAAGAUUCAUAGAGAAAAUGGGGUGGGAUGCAAAGCUAGUAAACGAGUCAUAUCCUUGGAUUGAAAAGCAGAUUGUUCAUCGUCCAACAUUUUCACAUUGGCAAAGAGCAUUAAGAGAUGGUCUUCUAGAUGCUGGUGUGUCACCUUUUAAUGGAUUCACCUAUGAACAUAAAUAUGGAACCAAAGUUGGUGGAACCAUUUUCGACAGAUUCGGUCGACGCCACACUGCUGCUGAAUUGCUUUCUUCUGGAAAUCCUAACAAACUCACUGUUUUGAUCUAUGCUACUGUCCAAAACAUUGUUUUUGAUACAACAGGAAAAAGGCCUAGAGCUAUUGGAGUAAAUUUCAAGGAUGAAAAUGGGAAAAUGCAUAAGGCAAUACUAGGAAAUGAUAUGCGAAGUGAUGUGAUUGUAACGAGCGGUGCGAUUGGGACACCUCAAAUGCUAUUGCUUAGUGGAAUUGGUCCGAGACAAGAACUCGAGAAGUUGAAGAUUUCUGUGGUGCUUGAUAACAGAUUUGUCGGGAAGGGUAUGGCUGAUAACCCGAUGAACACGAUAUUCGUUCCUCUUAAGAAACCGGUUAAGCAGUCGUUGAUAGAAACAGUUGGUAUUACUGAUAAGGGUGUGUAUAUUGAAGCUAGCUGUGGGUUUGGACAGACCAAUGAAAGCAUUCAUUGUCAUCAUGGUUUGUUGUCUGCUGAGAUUGGCCAGCUUUCAACGAUUCCACCAAAGCAGAGAACGACCGAAGCGGUUAAAGCUUUUGCGAAGAACAAAAGAGACAUUCCAAUUGAAGCAUUCAAAGGAGGCUUUAUCUUAUCAAAAGUUGCCAAUCCAUGGUCAACAGGUGAACUCAGAUUGAUCAACACAAAUGUGGAAGACAACCCUUCUGUUUCCUUCAACUACUUUAGUCAUCCUUACGAUCUUAAUCGCUGCGUCGAAGGAAUCCGAUUAGCCUCAAAAGUUGUUCAGUCAAAGCACUUCACAAACCUCACUUUGUGUGACAGACAAACUACAGAACAGUUUCUUAACAACACUGUGAAGGCUAAUGUUAACCUUAUACCAAAGCAUGUCAAUGACACAGAAUCACUUGAACAGUUUUGUAGAGACACUGUGAUCACUAUUUGGCAUUACCACGGUGGAUGCCAUGUUGGGAAGGUUAUCGACUCAGAUCAUAAGGUUCUCGGUGUUAACAGGCUCCGUGUCGUAGAUGGCUCGACGUUUACCGAGUCGCCAGGAACCAAUCCUCAAGCUACUGUCAUGAUGAUGGGCAGGUACAUGGGAGUGAAGAUGUUAAGAGAAAGGUUGGGGAAAUUUGCUGGUGUUUAA